UGCCCGAGCAGUGACGAAACUUGGGAUUUUCCUCGCGGGAGUUUCAUUACCUACCUUUUCACCCCACUUCUGAGUUUGAAUAUUGUUUUCCUACCCUCAUCCUUUCUCCCAGGUUGUCCCUCAUCUUCGCAAGAUCUGCUCGCAUCAGGUCCGGGACUUACGUUGAUGGGCAUCUAGAUCGCGGCUCAGAUCUCUCUCAGAAUGGAAGUCGACAACAACAACUUCUGGGGCCACCUACCCACUGUCCUCGACGCGAUUGCCGAUGCCGAGUACAUCUCGCUUUCUGUCAUCGGUCAUCCCGAUGCUAUCACCAAAGCUGACCAGACCAAGGAGGAGCUCUAUCGCGAGUUGGUAGAACACUCCAAGAUUUACCACAUCUCCAAGAUUGGCCUCACUUGUUUCCAAUACGACGAGGAGAAAAAGGAAUACUCUGCUCGUAGCUUCAACUUUGCCAUCACCCCUUGGUUCCUUUCUGCGAACAUCCAGGCGGAACUCAUCGCAAAGACCGUCAAUCGAACAUUCUCCUUUACCUACGACACCCUUAAACAGUUGAGGACACACGGCUGGGAUUACAACGAAGCUUGGGAACGGGGUGUUCCUUACUUGACCCGCUGGGAGGCGCAAACAGUCGAGGAACGUUUCCUCCAGCCUUGGGAGUCCAAGAAGCCGUUGGACAUCAACAAACUAGACGUUGAGUCCCAGACAUUUCGGACCUGGGCCAAUGCGCAGAUCACAUCUUGGCUGACAAAAGAGGACAAAACCCUCGACUUAGCGACCCCCUCAGGCGAACGGUUCACUAGCCUUCAAGUUGGACUCAUCUGCCAACUUGUCCACUCCUGCUUUGAUGAGUGUCGCGCAACGCCCAAAGAUGACAACCGAAUCAUGCAAAUCAAGAAGCUCAGUCGCGCAGAGCUCAUCACGGAGAAGUUGACGAGCCGACGCACUGCACUGACGCAACAAUCAGGCUUUCUCUACGUGGUGGAGGCCCUCCUCGGGGGACACUUUGCCGACGACAUCGAGCCCGAACUGUGCUUUUUCUACGUAUCGCAUAUGGAUCGCGACUCGCGAGAACAACUCAUCUCGGCUUUCCGUGACCGAAUCGAAGCAGCUGAAUACAGAAACAGGCUCAGGCGACCUAUCCUGCUCGUACACGGUCAGCUCGACAUGCUGUGCUACUUUUACUCGACGUUUCUGGGCCCACUUCCGGAGACACUCGACGAAUUCACAAAGAGAAUACACCAAAUCUUCCCUCGGAUCGUGGACACCAGAAUCCUGUAUCCCCCCGACAACUACCCAUCUCACUCACCCCACAAGCGCAAGUCUUCGAUCGAGUUCAUCUCUGCUGCAGAGGAAGAGGGAGGACCUCGUGCCACACAGGUACGGGGACUGGAAUACAAGGACAAGAUGGCUGAAGAACAUGGACUUUACGGCUGGUACUCCAAUCUCGCGUUCCUCAAGGUCGCAGCAAAGAAGCUGCAGAAGGAGCCGUGGCUGAGCAAGACCAGACCCCAGAAGACCUACGGGAGCAUGAGAAUGAAAGCCAAGAAACCAAGCAAGCUUUUCUUCACUCUCAACCCUUUUGCUCCCGACAGAAUCAGUCGUCGGUCAAGUAUUUGCUCUUCUGUCGCUUCUGGCAUGACUGGAAGCAUUGACACUCCGCCCAGUGUCUUUGGUGAUGGAAGUGACGAGGAGGAGGAGGAGAAGCAUGAGGUACCGGAGAUCCAUCGUCUUCCGCCGUGGGAGGCGGUUUUCUGGGAGAAGUUUGGAAACAAACUGAUACUCGACGACGGUGAAGUUUUGGCGCUCACUGCUGCUUCGAUUCCACUCAGAAAGACCAGGGUCCGGAAUCUCUAGGAUGAUGAUCGGGAUCUCUAGGAUGAGUUCCUUUUUGUCUGGACUGUCAUCCCGAUUUGUAUAUUGCUCACAUUGCUCUUCAGAUGGGAACUAGUUUGAGACUCGACUUGUGUGUGUGUGUGUGUGGUAAUGCCAACUUAAUGUGUUGGUCAAUUUCGGGGAUUGGAGGAGUACGCGCGCGCGAGGUGUUCCCGCUAGAGGAGCAAGCCAACGGGCUCACAUGGAUGGA